AUGCCUUCAGAAGAAUACCGUUUAGUAUCGAACGGCGAGGAUGACGAAACCGAAUCUGUAGCGAGUUUUCAAAAACCAGCGGGAAAAUCCAACAAACUAGCAAUACUUAUUGCUUAUCUUGGGGCCGUUCUCUCCAGCUCAGAGGAAUCUCUCGUUACGGCUACCUACUCCAUCAUCGCUUCCGACUUCCAAGAGCUUUCUAAGAGCUCGCUCCUGCUUACUAGCUAUAACCUAGGAUAUUGCAUAGCGCUGCCUGUUUACGGUGCAUUGGCGGAUCUCUUUGGCAGGAAAUUCUCCCUUCUUCUUGGGUACUUUUUCUUCGGGUUAGGAUGUGUAAUAUGCACGAUUGGCACUUCUAUAAACCAUCUGGUAAUCGGCCGGGCCAUCGGCGGGACCGGCUCUGCUGGCAUGGUCGUGAUGAUAUCCAUUAUGAUCACAGAUUUUGCCCCUCCCAGUGAAGUCGCACUGCUUCGCAGCUACACAAAUCUCUCCAACUUAAUAGGCCGCUCCUUUGGUGCGCCCUUGGGAAGUCUAGUGACAUCAACUUUCGGCUGGCGAUGGGCCUUUGGGGGUCGUCUACCGGUUAUCCUAGCGUGCUUUCUUCUCGCAAAGGUCUACAUGCCCGACAUAAAUCCCCCACAGAAAGACAAAGAUGCCUCGAGGGGCGAGAAGCUCAAAAGCAUUGAUUAUGCCGGAACAGCAGCCUUCGCAGCGGCCAUCGUGCCUUUUUUACUGGCCUUGGUCGCGGUCGGAGACCAGAACGGGGGAGGCUCAUCGUACAUUUACAAGCUGCUUGCGGUGUCCGCCGUGUUUUGCAUCGCCUUUGUUCUUGUCGAAUGUCUCUGGGUAAAACGGCCACUCGUCCCACUGCAGCUGGUCUGGCAAGGCGUCGGGCAGUAUUGGUUAGUCCAAUUACUCAUUUUUAUCGGCCGGUUAGCGAUGACCACAAACAUCGCCGAGUAUCUGACCCAAGUCAAAGGAGUCGCCGGCGAGGUGGCGUCUAUAUUCAUUAUCUUCCCCGGCGUGGGCUUCACCAGUGGAGCGCUCGCUGCGGGCUACACCAUCAAACGGUACCUACCUCCCACCAUCUAUAACAAAACCCCUCAGCCCUAUCUAUGCAUCCAUUCACUAACCCUCCCCAGAACCAAACGCUACAAAAAACACUCCAUCGCCGCCAUCAUCCUCGGCAUCGUCUUCUCCGCCCUGCUCUUCCGCUCGUGGCACGAAACCAGCAGCAUCUGGGAAUCACUCCUCAUCAUCCCCAUCAGCGCGGCUACCGGGUUCACGCUCUCAUGCGAGUUCAUCGGUGUCUCGAGUCGUGCGCCGCAGGAGCAUCUCGCCCCCGCGAUCGGAGCUUACUAUCUCAGCCAGCAGCUGGGGAUGAUCAUCGGGUCGGCGAUUGGUCCUGUUUUUGUGAGAAGGGGCUUUGUUCAUGAGAUGGGGGUUCGGGUUCAGGAUGGGGGGGAGAGGAACCGGAUUAUUAGUGAUGUCCUCGCUGACUCGAGGUUUCAUUUGUCGUUGCCGGAUCAGGUUCGAGGGAUUGUGCAGGUUUGUCUGGCGUUUGGGUAUCAGUUUAUUCCUCUCACGUCCGUGGUUACGAUGUCGCUUGCUUUGCCGAUCUUUAUCAUGAAGAGAGAGGAGAGGAUAGAAUAGAGGGUUGGCAAAUGGGAGUCUAAAUCAUAUGAAUUUUGGUGGCUUGGAUCGGGGAAGUAUAAUGACAUCUACAGAUCCUCAUACUGGAUAAGAGAAGCAAG